GGAAAUGCGCCGAUGGCUGGCCAUCUCAGUUGAGCCGUUCUUUUCUUGAUGCCUUGUGCCCGUAGCCCUCUUCAUACCCGACCCGUUCCGGGCCACGGCUUGCCAGAACGAAGGCCCAGGUUCGCGGAGUAGGAUACAAGCUAACGGGUCUGAUAAUCAGCUUGCCUACACGGAAUGCUGGUUAUUUAUUAGGCUUUGACAUUCGGCCGAAACGACGAGGCAUUUAGACUUAGUGGUCUUGGCAUGACGGAGCGAACCGCUCUGAUAAACAGCAUGGGGACAGAUGGCGCGGACAGCAAGGACCAGGCCGAGGGUCAAGUGCACGUUCCAGAGGAGCGAGGGUGGAGUAAAUUCUGGGCGUACGUAGGGCCGGGGUUCCUCGUCGCCAUCGCUUACAUCGACCCCGCCAAUUUUGAAAGCGACCUCAAGGCAGGAGCAGCCUACCAAUACUCGCUUCUGUGGGUUCUUCUGCUGGCGUCGCUAGCUGGCCUCCUCAUACAAUCACUGUCAGCCAACCUCGGUAUAGUCACAGGCAAGCACCUGGCGCAGCACUGCAAGGCGGAGUAUCCCCGGGCUGUCAACCUGGCGCUGUGGGUGAUAGCUGAGAUAGAGAUCAUCGCCAGCGACAUCCCAGAGGUGAUAGGCACGGCGUUCGCACUGAACAUGCUGUUUGGCAUUCGCCUGUGGGCGGGCGUCCUCAUCACCGGCCUCAGCACACUGCUCUUCCUCGGCCUCCAGCGCUUCGGGGUGCGCAACCUGGAGGUGUUCAUAGCGCUGCUGGUGAUGGUGAUAGCGUGCUGCUUCUUCAUAGAGAUGGGGCGCGCGCCAGUGGACGGCGUGGCCGUGCUGGAGGGCAUGUUCGUGCCCACCAUUCAGGACCUGGGCGCGCUCGCCAUCGCCAUCUCGCUCAUCGGCGCACUAGUCAUGCCCCACAAACCUGUUUCUGCACUCCGCCCUUGUGCUCAGUCGCAAGCACCAGCGCACAAGUGCUGGCAUCAAGGACGGCUGCUUCUACUCUCUCCUGGAGGUGGCAGCGGCGCUCAUCAUCAGCUUCGCCAUCAAUGUGGCAGUCAUCUGCGUGGGCGGCGCCGUCUGCUCCUCUCCGGACCUCUCCCCGGACGUGCAGGCGAGCUGCAGCGACAUCAGCCUCAGCAACGCCUACUUCCUGCUGCGCGACGUGCUCGGCUCGUGGGCGUCCACGCUGUUCGGCAUCGCGCUGCUGGCGUCCGGGCAGAGCUCGACGAUCACGGGCACGUAUGCGGGGCAGUACGUGAUGCAGGGCUUCCUCGACCUGCACCUCGCGUCCUGGCUCAGGAACCUUCUCACCCGCCUCGUCGCCAUCGUGCCGUCGCUGGCUGUGGCCAUCGUGGCGGGGGCCCAGGGCGCGGGGAACCUCAUCAUUGCAUCCUCGAUCAUCCUGUCGUUCGGGCUGCCCUACGCCACUCAUCCCGCUCCUUAAGUUCACCAGCAGCCCCGUCAAAAUGGGGCCCUUCACCAACCACGCCACUGUCACUGUAGCGGCGUACAUAAUCGGCACUGUAGUUAUCGCAGUUAAUUGUGUGCUGGUGGUGCAAGCCUGUGUGGAGUAACCUGGUCUCGGACAACCUCCCCCAAUCCAUCCAAAUCCCCCUUGGGAUUGCCAUAGCCCUCAUUCUCCUCAUCUACGUCGUCUCCCUCGCUCUGCUGGCGCGGCGGCCGGUUACAGAAGUAACCUACAUAUCGGCCAAUGAGGAGUCGAGUGCUGAGCUGGAUGCUUAUUUGGGCUCUCCACCUCACGACUAUGCUCGUGGCAUGGACGAUGGGGGAGAGGAGGGUGGAGAGGGAAGGAGUGAGGGGGAAAGAGAGCGGGGGGAGAGGAAGGGAGAGAGGCGGAGAGGGAGGGGGGGUCGAUAGAGAUGACGAAUGGGGUGAUGCAUGGUAAAGCUGGGGACGUGGAGGGGGGUGAAGGGGUGGAGCAAGUAGAGAAGGUUGAGGUGAGGGAGGGUAUGCAAGAGGAGUUGCUAGAAGUGGGGCACAUGGAUAGCUCCUCGCUUGCCCAAAAAACGUGACCAGGCCGCUAUUGCACUGGAAUUCGUUUUAAAUGCUACAGCCCAUGUACUGUGCCUGGCGCUGUUAUGGUUAUGGGGGAUAUUGUAUGAAAAAAUGCUGUCUUGAGUGAUGUUUACAUGCAGGUGAUUUUCAUA